CAAUAAAUGUUAUUAAAGUAGAAAAUAUGAUAAAAUAUGCCAUGAUGAAGAUAACAUGCUGUUUGUCAGGGGGCGGGACUUCCGCUCUGAUUUCAAAAUAAAAGUUUAAAGCCCUGCUCUUCGCCUCCCCCCGUUGCGCAUUUCCUGUCACCAUCACGUCACUUCUGGAUGUCAAUAUGCGGCUCGGUGCGGCGGCUGGGAAACGGAACCACGGGAAAGAUGUAAACCAUUAACCAGCUGAAGACUCAGCCUAGAACGAAGACGCUGAACCGUCACCCAGCAGGGAGACCGAACCCUCAGGUCCACACGAACGGAACCGCUACCAACGGCCAGCCCGUUGAGUCGCUAUCCUCCGAAAGCGGCGGAGCGCCUGCCUCGAAGCAGCCAUCUUUUGUGCGAGAAUGUACGGGGCGACACGGCGGGCCUGCUCGGGCUCUGGCCGGGGCCGGAGCCUGCUGAUGCUGACGACCGCGCUCCUGCUCUCGGUCGUCGGGCUGCUCUCCGGGCUGCCCGGUUCUACCGAGGCGAAGGAAUGCGACAAACCGUGCAUGAACGGCCAGUGUAACACGGCCACUGGCAACUGUGUGUGCUUCCCCGGCUGGGUCGGGGACCAAUGCCAGCACUGCGGAGGGAGAUUCAGGUUGACGGGGCCCUCUGGUUAUCUGACUGACGGUCCAGGAAACUACAAGUACAAGACCAAGUGCACCUGGCUGAUAGAGGGGCAGCCCAACACCAUCCUCCGAUUACGGUUCAACCACUUUGCCACUGAAUGCAGCUGGGACCACCUGUACGUGUACGACGGCGACUCCAUCUACGCCCCCCUCCUCGCUGCUUUCAGUGGUCUAAUUGUUCCAGAGCGUUAUGGGAACGAGACAGUCCCAGAGGUGGUGUCUCAGUCCGGCUACGCCCUGCUGCACUUCUUCAGUGACGCUGCCUACAACCUGACCGGCUUCAACAUUUCCUACAGGGUGAAUACAUGUCCCAACAACUGCUCAGGCCGCGGCGAGUGUCGUGUGAGGAACUCCACCGGCUCGGUGUUCUGCGAGUGCGAGGACGCCUGGAAGGGGGAAGCCUGCGACGUCCCCGUCUGCCCGGCCGACUGCGGCGGCCCUGACAGAGGCCACUGCCAGAACAAGACGUGCGUCUGCAAGGCCGGAUGGCAAGGUCCAGACUGCUCCGUCUCCGUCCCUGCCAACUCCUCCUUCUGGAGCCGGGAGGACUACGCCGAGGCCGGACUGGCCAGGGCUUCCCACAAGGCCGUGGUGGAGCAGGGCAUUAUGUGGGUCAUCGGAGGCUACGUCUUCAACGCCUCCGAUUAUCACAUGGUCAAAGCGUAUAACCUCAACAACAAGAGCUGGCUGAACCUCGAUCCCUCCGUCAACACGGUCACGCCUCGAUACGGCCACUCGUUGGCGAUGUAUGAGGGGAAGAUCUACAUGUACGGAGGGAAGAUCGACUCCACGGGAAACGUGUCCAGCCAGCUGUGGGUUUUCCACAUCCAGAACCAGACCUGGGUCCCUCUGAGCCCGCGGGCCAAGGAUCAGUACGCUGUGGUGGGGCACUCGGCCCACAUUGUGCCCCCCAUCCAGGAGGGGGCCAGUCCCAUCAUGCUGGUGCUGUUUGGACACUGUCCUCUGUACGGCUACAUCAGCCAGGUGCAGGAGUACAACAUCGCCAAGAACACGUGGAGCUUAGUGAACACAGACGGCGCGCUGGUCCAGGGCGGAUACGGCCACAGCAGCGUGUUCGACCCCGGCACCAGAGCGAUCUACAUCCACGGAGGCUACAAGGCCUUCAGUGCCAACAAGUACGGCCUGGCUGGAGACCUGUACAAGUUCGACGUGGACAAGAGGAAAUGGACCAUCCUGAGAGACAGCGGCUUCUUCCGUUACCUCCACACGGCCGAGAUCGUGAGCGGGACCAUGCUGGUGUUCGGAGGAAACACGCACAACGACACGUCCAUGAGCCACGGCGCCAAGUGCUUCUCCUCCGACUUCCUGGCCUACAGUCUUGCGUGUGAUGAGUGGACGGUGCUGCCUCGACCGGACCUCUACUACGACGUCAAUCGCUUCGGACACUCGGCCGUCUUCAGUGACAGUGUGAUGUACGUGUUCGGCGGCUUCAACAGCCUGCUGCUCAGUGACGUCCUCAUGUACACCUCGCCCAACUGCUCGGCCUUCUCCAGUGCGGCGUCAUGCAGCCAGGCCUGGCCGGGGAUCCAGUGCGUCUGGGACAGCACCCAGCACUCCUGCCUGCCCUGGGAAGGCAACGCCACCGGGACCGAACAGCAGCAGCUGCCAGCCUCCUGCAACACGCGGUCGUAUGCUGAUAACGAGAGGUGUGACCAGUACACAGACUGCUACAGCUGCACCGCCAACACCAACGGCUGCCAGUGGUGUUCAGGCCAGUGUGUGUCUCUGGGAAGUAACUGCACCUCCACCACGGGGGCCAUAGGGGAGUUUGAAGUUUGCCCCAAGGACAACCCGUCAUACGUGUGCAACAAGAAGACCAGCUGCAAGAGCUGCGCCGUGGACCAGAACUGUCAGUGGGAACCUCGCAACCAGGAGUGCAUCUCACUGCCAGAAAAUGUCUGCGGUGAAAGUUGGCAUCUUGUGGGAAACUCCUGUCUGAAGUUCAUCACGGCGAAGGACUCGUACGACAACGCCAAGCUGGCCUGCAGGAGCCACAACGCCGUCCUGGCCUCGCUGACCACGCAGAAGAAGGUGGACUUUGUCCUGAAGGAGCUGCAGAUCAUGAGUGUGGUGUACAAAGCCACAGUGACGCCCUGGGUGGGGCUCAGGAAGAUAAACGUGUCGUACUGGUGCUGGGAGGACAUGUCGCCCUUCACCAACACCACUCUGCAGUGGCUGCCCGGCGAGCCGAGCGACGCCGGGUUCUGCGGCUACCUGGCCGAGCCGGCGUCCAGCGGACUGAAAGCACAAACCUGCAUCAACCCAGUGAACGGCAGCCUGUGUGAACGACCAGCCAACCACAGCGCCAAGCAGUGCCGGACGCCGUGCGCCAUGAGAGCCACCUGCAGCGAGUGCACCAGCAGCAGCUCCGAGUGCAUGUGGUGCAGCAACAUGAAGCAGUGCGUCGACUCCAACGCCUACGUGGCCUCCUUCCCCUUCGGACAGUGCAUGGAGUGGUACACCAUGAACACCUGUCCACCGGAGAACUGCUCUGGCUACAGAACAUGUGGCCAGUGUCUGGAUCAGCCGGGCUGCGGGUGGUGCACCGACCCCAGUAAUACGGGCAAAGGUCAGUGCAUCGAGGGCUCGUACCGCGGGCCCUUCCAGACCUCGGUUCCGGCCCCGUCCACCCUCCCCGGCCUCCCAGCCAGCCCCCAGCCGGCCCUAAACGCCAGCAUGUGCCCCGGCGAGGCCAAAUACAACUGGUCCUUCAUCCACUGCCCAGCCUGUCAGUGUAACGGCCACAGCCAGUGUGUCAACGAGAGUGUGUGUGAGAAGUGCGAGGACCUGACAACCGGCCGACACUGCGAGAGCUGCAUCUCCGGCUUCUACGGAGAUCCGACCAACGGGGGCAGCUGCCAGCCCUGCAAGUGUAACGGCCACGCCAGCAUGUGCAACCCGAGCAACGGCAAGUGCUUCUGCACAACUAAAGGCAUCAAAGGAGAUCGCUGCCACCUGUGUGAAGUUGAGAACCGUUACCAAGGCAACCCCCUCAAAGGAACAUGCUACUACACGCUUCUCAUCGACUACCAGUUCACCUUCAGCCUGUCGCAGGAAGACGACCGCUACUACACCGCCAUCAACUUCGUGGCCACACCUGACGAGCCGAACCGGGAUCUCGACAUGUUCAUCAAUGCCUCAAAGAACUUCAACCUGAACAUAACCUGGGCCGCAAGCUUCACCGGCACCCAGACUGGCGAAGAGACCGCCAUCGUCUCCCGCAGCAACAUCAAGGAGUUCAAAGACAGCUUCUCCAACGAGAACUAUGACUUCCGCAACAGCCCGAACAUCACCUUCUUCGUCUACGUCAGCAACUUCACGUGGCCCAUUAAGAUUCAGAUCGCCUUCUCGCAGCACAGUAACUUCAUGGACCUGGUGCAGUUCUUUGUCACGUUCUUCAGCUGCUUCCUGUCGCUGCUCCUGGUGGCCGCCGUGGUCUGGAAGAUCAAACAAAGCUGCUGGGCGUCACGGCGACGAGAGCAACUACUGAGAGAGAUGCAGCAGAUGGCCAGCCGGCCUUUCGCCACCAUCAAUGUCGCCUUGGAGACGGACGAAGAGCCGCCUGACCUGAUAGGAGGAAACGUCAAGUCCGUCCCAAAACCCAUCGCCCUCGAGCCUUGCUUUGGCAACAAAGCCGCUGUGCUCUCCAUCUUUGUGCGGUUACCCAGGGGCACCGGCGGCAUCCCUCCUCCAGGACAGUCUGGUCUGGCGGUGGCCAGUGCGCUGGUGGACGUCUCUCAGCAGAUGUGUGUGGGCUACAAGGAGAAGUCUGGAGGCCUGAGGAACCGCAAACAGCAGCCCACCGCACAGCCCUCCACCUGUAUCUGACCACGCCCCCUGUCCUCCUCUACCACCCCACCACCUGACGCUCUCCCAUCAGCCCCCUCCCCCCCUCCGCCUCGGCCCCCUCCUACAGAGACUUCCGCCAGCUCCGCUCUGGCAGGGAGAGGUGCAUGCUGGGACGCAGAACUGGAACAUUUUUUGGAUGCGGGGCCGAGUCGUCUGGCGGUCUGGAGCCUCAGCGGGCUUCCCCUCCCUCUCCUCCUACGGGAACUGUGGGUCCCCAUGAACUGAUCGACAGAGACUGGACACAAAGAGGGGGAGCAGGGGAGGGAGGGAGGGACAGAGCGGGUGCUGACUUCACCCUUUUCCCACCCCUCGAGAAACAUUUUACAUUUGUCGACACCGCCUCGUUAGAGUCGAGGCGGCCACGGCUUGCUGCUAGAAGAGAUCCUCGUCUCGUAGUUUUUGAAAAAUCCAGAGACUUUGCAACCCUCUAUAUUCUCGUUUUGUUUAAGUUAUUGUUGUUCUUUUGUUUUGUAUUGUUUUAUUUUGAAGGCAGGAACAAACUGGACAUGUUCAGCUGCGCAUCCACACACACACACACACACACACACAUACACACACAUACACACACUUACCACACUCACACACUUCCAAACACCAACUUUCCAGGCCCUUGUACCCAUUUGUAGCCCAUUGUCGCCUGCUGUCAUGUUCACAGCUCAGCACUGAGGGCUGGUGUCACCGGAGUCCUGUCCAGUCCGGCCUCAGAGCAAGCUAACAGCAUGUUCAGUCUUCCUUUUAAUGAGGAUCCACUGUAGGAGGCCGGCCGUGCAGCCAAAGCCCAUCUAAAGAGUCCGUGACAUUUCUAAUCGGCUCUGUGUCUUCUGCCGCUGUCUUCUCUGUGGCCUGUCUGGAGCUUUGUCUCCACCCGUCUCUCUCUGUCUGGCCUGGCAGCCAGAUGGCCACCGAGACAAACGCCUUUCCAGCCUCUCUGGCUGUGCGUCCGAGUACAAAACGAGACCACGGCGACAACACAUCCGCGCUGGCUUGCCUGGAUCGUACAGUAAGCCAGCGCCGACUGAAACUAUUCCAGCUAAUUAUUUCUCCAGUUGCAAUGACGGCCAAUCGCUGUGCACACACGGGGCUCCAACACACACACACACACACCGAAACAGUUGGUGGUGAGAAAACCCUCCGGUGUUUAACGAUUGUCCCUUUGGCAGUGCCCGCCCCUCGAGCUCAUGUGAAACAGACUUCCUAUAGAUCGGCUGACUCUGAUUGACUGGAGUGAUUAGGCCGAUGUGCGCGAGGGGAGCCGGGCCAACGGUUCGGCAUCCUCUGUGAUCGUUGCUGUAGAAAUCCAUAGCCUCUAAUUGCUGCUCCCGUGUCCACAAAUGUAACGUACCCCCCACCCCGCCUCGAUGCCAGAAACUCUGUGGCUCUCCACCUGCCGCUCGAUGCCGAUUGUUCCGUGUCCCCGAGCUAUCUACGGCUGCUCAAUUAGCCCCCGCCGCAGUGACGUCUGUGUUCAUAUCGAUGAACCGACGGCUCUGAACACAAAGCACACACAUACAUUAGCGGCGCGAGCGGCCACAAUGCGAGUUUUCCCUUAUUUGCACCUUUUUUUAAAUGAGACUUUUGAAUUGACAUCUCGGGUAUUGAUUUAAAAAAAAAAAAAAGAGGAUGGGGAAAAAACAUUUAUUUUUCUUCAAAAUGCCUCUUGAAAUUAUCUUGUCGCCUCGUCUCUCGGGCUUACUCUGUUCUUUGUGCUUCAAUGUGUGAGGUCGCUCUGAGCUUUUCCUUUUUUUUUUUUCUUUCUCCUUCCUUUUUAUAUCUGCUCUACCUGCUCUUCCCACAGUUCUUAUCUGAAAUCACCGGUCCAUUUUUUUUUAAAAAGAAACAUUACUUCUUUUUGUCAGCCGGGUGGAAAACGAGGGGAAAGCACAGAAUGAAAAACGCGAGGCGGACACCAGAGAGACACACACACAUGAAAACAAAAAAGAAAACUCAGGCUGCUAGUUUGAAACAGAGCUGUUGCUUUGAAAUGUCACAAGUACUUUUUUCUGUCUUGUCAGGGCAUCAGGGUGUCAGAUCUGUGUUUCCCUGCCUUUUCCCUCUUCUCACCUUCAGCACCGAGCAUCAGAGAAGAUUUGAAUUAGCUCACAUUGGUCAUCUUUCAAGUUCAGACUCCAAACACCUGCAGGUAUUUGCCUGCCAUACACAGGAAACAUAUCUCCUGCCUCUCGAAGUUAUUAACUUCCCACCCUUCUGAGAUUUAGAGUAAUAGAAGAGUUUCGUAACUCACCUUUUGCCCCUGAAGGACGCGUCUGUUUAGCGGCGGGCUCUCACGUGUGUUCAGCAUACUAGAAGUGCUCGGCGUCUGGUUAAAGGGCACACUUUUAGCACUCGCAAAAGGUCAGAGCAGAAAGCAUGAACAAAGUUGACAUUCUGUAAUUAUAGAGAGCGGGAUGUGCUCACAACUCCACUCCAGUGACCCCGGAGAGCGCUGCGACCAUCAAGGAUGUCAGACCAGUUCAAAGUUCACUUUGACUCACUUCUCUGUCGAUGUUUUCUUCUUUUUUUUUUUCUUUUUUUUUUUGCUUUUCUCUCCGUCAGAGCAACCUUUUUUUAAAUUUUUUAUUUUUUGCCACCAUGGCUGGUUUAGGUUUUAUGCUAAUUCUGUCACUGCUGCAGGGACUUAAUUUUUUAAUUUUUUUUUUUUCAUUACAGACGGGUUCAGUCCAUCUGAAAGUGAAACCACGAGGACAGGUAGUCUGCUGCUUCUCGGGGUUUUUUUUUGGUCUUUCUUUAUCAACACUACAGAGCUGCAGCGAUCAGUCGGUUAUGUUUCUCCAAACAACAGAUCUGUUGAAACUUGACACUUUCAAUUUUUAUGUUGUGACGACACUAUGCUUAUGUUCUGGUUUGGUUUAGGCUCAUAAAAACACUGAAGGGUUAGGAAAAGAUCAUGUUUUGGUCUAAAAUACCGGCUUUAUUUGCAACGAACACAGCGGUUUUUCACGUACCAAUUGGAACAAAUCAGUGGUUUGCAGAAACAUUAACCUCCAACAUUUCUGCUGGGCUAUUCUCUGUCUGAUUCCAGCUUCUUUAAUUUGAAUAUUUUCUGGAAACAAGACGCGUGAAGACGUAGAAACACUGAUCCACAUUUUUCUCCUCGUCCUGACAACAUCUAAUCAAUUAACGAAGAAAAUAAUCAUUAGUUGCACUUCUACUACACUACGGUUGGUAAACACCAUCACAUGAAGGUGCUAUCGAAUUCCAAAAUUCUCUCGCUGGAUGGUGACACGCUGACAAAAGAAGGAACAUGUUUUUGACCCCGAGCUGAAGGAGACGAGAGAGGCGAACAUGACCGGCAGGGGGUCACAUGACUCAUCGAAUGGGACGAUGUGACGACACCAGCAGCUCUGAGAUCAGACGACGGCUCGUAUUUUAUCUCCUGUCUGUGACAUAUUUUAAUUCCACCAUGCUCUCUUUAAAAAAAAACAAAAAAAACCACUACCUGUUCAUGCUCACUUUAUUGCAUUUCUCCAGUAACGAUGCUCUGUGACAAAAUGUAUAACGGCACUCAUCUUCUGUUGCUGAUUCUUUUUAUUUUGUCUCCCACAACAGCAGAGAUGUCGUUGUGCUGAGAGCUCUUCAUAAAUGAAUCUGUUCCACGGCUGAUUCAAAUGUACUGUAGAAAUAAUUUCACCAAGAAUGAAGAUUGUGUUUUUCUUUCCCUUUUUCUUUUUUCUUCUUCUUUUUUUGUAAAUGAAUGUAAAAUGAAGAAUCACCUGUGCAGCCACGGUGAAUCUGUAAAACUGGAGCUAGCUGGGUGGCGGAUCAUCCCAGCAGCCCGCUGUCUUCGGUUCCCCUCCGGGUCCGAGGUGACGGGCCGGUUCAGCGGUUAACAGACAGCACAGUGAGUGAAAGGUCACGGGUCAGACCAUGUAAGAGCUGGUUUGCCUUGUUGAAGAUGUAUCGAGGAAGACACUGGACUCGUGAGGAAGAUGUUAAGGUCCGCGGCCUGCUCAGUCUGUUCCUGCAGAUCCUGGGUCAGACGGCGUUUGCAGAUGAAUCCUAGAGGUUUUUUGCUUUUCGCCUGUUAUCACAACACGUCUUUGACGAGCUUAAACUUUUUAUUUCAUUUUCCUGUCCUCCGAGGCCAGUCUGACCCAUUUCAAAACCGCAAUACUGGCAGAGUGAUGAAAAACAAACUCCAUUAUCUGUAAACGCUGCUUGACCCAGAUCUGCUGUCGGCAGCCUCACACCGGGUUCCUACACAGGUCUGCAAAAUCCGACAACAUCAAAUGUGAUUAGGAAUAUUUAGGAGGAAAAAAAAAAACUAUUUUUAAACUUGAGACUUUCCCCUCGGGUCCACCCACACAGGAGGUUUCAUUUGUUUUUGGCUGAUGGAGCUUAUUUCCUCCCUCGCUGUCCUUUCAGUUCUGCUCCCAUUAAAGAGGACACCGUAGACUCGGCCCGGUCCAGACUUGUUGUUGCUAAUUAAUUUCAGAUUCUUGGAUCGGAGCGUGUGCUGAUUGGCGGGAUGAACUGCUGCUAUUCUCGAGUAAUUACAUGACAUCAACGAGAUUAAUUGAAUCAUGUGAAAUGAGGGAAAUUUGGAUGUUGGUUGGAUAAACGUGGUUUUAGCGUCCAGCCGACAACGGUUUGGCUCUUUCUGCAGAUCCCAUUAAGACUUCUAAUGAGCCGCAUUAAUUGCUGGUUUUCCCACAGGCUCUGUUUAGUCCACCAGGCUGCGAACAUGCGUGUUUUUAUUGCAGCCUCACAGCGCGGGGUGAUCUGACCGUGGCCGUUGGACGACUCCUCCAUCUUGGUGUCACAGUGGAGGUGACGAGGUGAAGUAAACCUCCACUCCACACAUUUUAAUCCCACGUUCCUUGUUAUUUAACUGUUUAAAGUUCACUUUCAGCUGUAGUUAAUCUGUUAAAGCGGCUGUUCGCGACCUUUUCGAGUAGCGACCCUCCAGGAGGAUCAGGUUGCUGACCCGCUCAUCAUUAAACCAUUUCAAGGAAAACAAGAUUUCACUGGAACAGACAGUGUAAUUUUAUUUUAUUUUUUUAAUCCAAAACUAUCCGGCAACCCCUGCAAAUUAACCUCCUCAGGGUUCCCGACCCCUAGGUUGUGUGAAUGGUGACCUGUGGAGUUGGUCUAACAAAGGCGUUGAAUCUAUUUAACUUGCCAGAAGUCGUCUUCCUGUUUGCCAUUGUUGGCAGGAAUUCGUAUCGACACUCAUCAUCCACAGCACCACUGCUUCACAUUACAGAGUUUUCACCAGCCAACCUGUGGGAGGCUUUUGUUCUGAAGCAGCCACAGGAAACACGAGGUCACCCAGUUUGUGUCGCUGUGUUUAGCAGUCCUGCUCCUCCACAGUAAUUGGUCUUCACAAUGAGAUGCUAUUUUAAAAAUGUCGCUGUUAGUGGAAGAGCUGCACACAACAGGCUCUUACUGCAGUUUGUAUGAACUAGCAGGACUGCAGAACGGGAUCUGAGGUCUCGUUCAACUCGAGACAGGUGGCUUCAGCGUGAAUGAAAAGUCCCGUGUGGGUGAAGCUGGUGUUGAAAAUGACACUAUUAUGAUUUUAGAAAAAUGCACUUUUUUUUCCCCAGCCUUGUAUUCUUUGCUCACACAUCAGAGCCCCGGCCUGCUGGUAAACAUGAACUUUCCUGUGUUCGCUGUACUGAUGUCGCAUAUACAGGAUCCCCUGAGUCCUAAAGUUCAGAUUUUCCAGACGAUUAAGUCUCGCCGCGGUGUGAAGCGGCCCCGAGCCGCUCUAAAAUAUCCGAGGGGGGUUUUGCAAAGGGAAAUGUGUAGGAACCUCAAACGCUGUCCACCACCGUGCCACCACACCUGUGAAAUAACCUGUCAGAUUUAUUUCGAUUUUAAAGAUCUCCUGCUCCCUGCCUCGCCAAGCCUCAAACUUUUUAAUCGGGGUAACACGUGACCUUUACGAUGGCCUUAUUCGGCUCAUUAAUCUCUGUAUUAACUGAUAGAAACUUAGAGCAGUUCCAUAUUUAUAAAGUGUGAUUAGUCGACGGAAAUCUCCCUAAUAUUCAAGUAGACUUUCUUCAAAACACUGGCAGCAUUAAUGUGUAUUUAAAAUGCUUUAAUACACAGGUAAGAGCAUCAGAAUAAGGUCACUGUAAAAAUCUGCCGUUACCCCUCGUUGUUUUCUUUGUCUCUUUGUACAGCGGCAUUAUAUAUACUGAGGAAGUAGUUUGUUAAUAUGUAUAAUUUAGCAGUUGCUGUUUUUUUUGUUUUUUUUUUGUAAAUAAUGAGAAAGUAUUGUGAAUGACAUUUGUUGAAUGGUUUUAAAAAGAAUCAUUUAUGGCGACACCUCCUCCAGGCUUUUAUAAAUGUGACUGCAGUACAUAGCAUAUUUUGUAUGUAAGACAGCAGUGUAAAGACGAACAAGCAUUACUAGAAGCUGAUGAAACUACGUGUAAAACUUGAGGAUAAUAGCAUACUGAACUUGUAAUUACUGAUGUACAUAAAAGAAUGACAGAACAUUUUUGUCUAUUAUUAAAUGUGAAAAUCCAA